AUGCCUCCCAAAAGAAGACAGGCUGAGGACACCAGCGAUGCUGAGCCCCAGUACGCUAAGAAGUCCAAGGGUAACACCGGAAAGGCUCAGCCUCAGGAGCUGACCAAGGGAUCCGACCAGGAUGGCAACACUUUCUGGGAGCUUGGAAGCAACCGUCGAAUCAGUUCUUCGGUGUUCAGGAAUACCACCUUGAUUAAUAUCAGAGAGUACUACAAUGCCGAUGGCAAGCUGAUGCCAGGCAAGAAGGGCAUCUCCCUCUCACUCGCUCAAUACCAGGCCCUCCUCAAGGUCAUCCCCCAACUCAAUGCCGACCUUCGCAAGCAAGGUCACGCCAUUGAGGACCCAGAGUUUGCCGAGGUAACCGAGCAGACCGACGCCCCCGUGAGUCUCCCAAGGUCAAGGCGCUGGAGUCCAAGAAGGAGAACAACAAGAAGGAGAAGAAGCCGCGCAAGUCCAACAUUGACGUUACCAGCGACGAAGAGGAAGGUGCCGAGGAUGAGGACGACGACGAGUAGAGCAAAUCGGUCCGCCAAGCGAAACAUCUUUGGGCGUCGCAAAAGUGGUAAAUACGGGUACGAGAUAAACCCUUUGUUGCCGACCGAUUGUCUUUCUUUGCAGGCGCGCUGCGGAUGCCAUCUUCUCUACGUUUGCUAG